AUGACUCGAACUCUCAAUUCUGCGCCGAAGGGUAACAGUAACAUCGUCGUACUUCACGGUUGCGCCCAUAAUCCGACAGGCGUGGACCCAACGGACGACGAAUGGAAGGAGAUGGCAAAGAUCAUGAAAAGCAACGAUCUAUUCCCAUUCUUUGACUGUGCUUAUCAGGGCUUUGCUACCGGUUAUCUCUCUCAGGACAAUUUUGCUGUCCGAUAUUUUGUCGAGCAAGGGAUUCAACUUGUAAUUGCUCAGUCUUUCGCCAAGAACCUCGGUCUGUAUGGUGAGCGAGCUGGCGCCUUCCACCUUGUCGCCUCUCCCGGGCCGGGUGCCUCGUCGACGGUAGACCGUGUUGCUUCUCAGCUUUCAAUUCUCCAGCGCUCCGAAAUUUCAAGCCCGCCAAUUUAUGGCGCGCAAAUUGCCUCUAUCAUUCUGAAUGAUCCACGGCCAUUUAUCGAGUGGGAAGCAGAUUUGUUGACCAUUUGUGGGCUCAUUAAAAAGAUGAGAAAGUGUCUAAAGGAGGAGUUAGAUCGUUUGCAGACUCCAGGCACAUGGGGUCAUAUUGUUAACCAGAUUGGCAUGCUUAGUUUUACUGGGCUGUCCCCAGCACAGGUGCUUGAACUACGAGAAAAGUGCUUGUGUAUAUGGCUGAAACUGGAAGGAUCAGUGUUGCGGGCUUGA